AUGGGAAAUGUGAUUAAUUCAGGGUUAUGGCAUGCGUGUGCUGGCCUGUUGGAUUUGCUUGCUGAUUUCGAUUUGUUUUUUUUUGCUGUUCAAUUCAGUUUUUUUGCACUGCUAAAGGUAAUUGCUCUUUCUGCUGGUCCGCUUCUUCUUAAUGCCUUCAUCAUGGUUGCCGAAGGUAAAGAAAGCUUUAAAUACGAGGGAUAUGUAUUGGCCAUAUUGCUUUUCUUUACGAAGAGCCUCAAAUCCUUAUCUCAAAGACAGUGGUACUUUAGGAGCCGACUAAUUGGUCUAAAGGAUGUGAAAUUCUUGAUUUGGUAUACUGAUCAAGAGGAAAGACUGAAAGACAGCUGCGAAUAA